GCGAGAUGACUGAUGAGAGCUACCAUCCUUGUUCGGUCGAGAAAAUAUUGCCUCCCUUCCGUCUCCAGCUACCACCACUCGGCCCCCUCUCGGGACAGCCUCCUCCUGCGAUGACAACAAGUUAGAACUUAGAAAUCGCCGGCGAUGAUGGCACGGAGAUGGGGUGCUCUUCUCCUCCUGACCGCCCUCUCCUGCCUGUCCUCAUGCCUUCCCUCACCAGGAGGCGAUGAAGGCAAGAAGGGCUACAUCUGGGCGAACGUCACGCAGGAGGGGCUGGACUUCGCCAAGGAGGUGCUCAUCCGCGAGGCUGUCAGCUCCCUCACCGCCCUCCACCUGCCCGACAUCAGCAGGUCCUUCAGGAUACCCUUCGUUGGUGGCGUCGAGGCGGUCUUCUCCUGCAUAAUCCUCUCUCACCUCAACCUCUCAUCGUCCUCCUCCGGCGCCCAUCCCGGGGACACCGGAAUCGCCAUCAUCGUUACCGGCGCCACAGCCAACAUCACCAUGAAGUGGCGCUACACCUACAGCUCGUGGCUCAUCCCCGUCGAUGUCUCUGAUGAGGGCAGCGCCUCCGUCCGGGUUGAAGGCAUGCAAGCUGGCAUCACCCUUAGAAUAGAGAAUCAUGAUGGAUUUCUGAAGCUUGUUGUCAUUGAUUGUGGUUCUGUUAUAGAGAACAUAUUUAUUUCUCUAGAUGGUGGAGCGUCAUGGUUUUACCAAGGGUGGGUUGAUGCUUUUGAAGAACAAAUAAGGUCUUCAGUGGAAACUGCUGUGGUGAAAAGGAUAAAGGAUGGCAUUUUGAAGAUUAACUUGCUAUUGGCACGACUUCCUUCAGAAAUUACAGUUGACAGCGUUGCUUCACUUAAUGUCACUUUUAUGGAUGAUCCUUUGAUGGCAAAUGAAACUGUUGGCUUUGAAAUUGAUGGCUUAUUUACCGAAUCAAACAUGUCCUACUCUUUCACCCACCGAUUUGGUCAUUUUCAACAUGUGUUAUCUUGUGAGCAUUCUUCAAAAAUGCUUGGAAUCUCUGUGGAUGAAGCCGUAUUCAAUUCUGCAUCAGAUGUUUACUUCAAAGCAGGUGUUAUGAACUGGAUUGUUGACAAACUUCCUGAUCAGUCUCUUCUAAAUACAGCUGGUUGGAGAUUUAUUGUUCCUCAGCUAUACAAGAAGUAUCCAAAUGAUGAAAUGGAAUUGACCAUCAGCGUUACAUCUCCACCUUUGAUAAGGAUCACAGCAGGGGGUAUAAGUUCUACGAUUUCUGCGGAUAUGACAAUUGAUGUUAUUGAGUCCAAUCAAAUAAUUCCAGUUGCAUGUGUAUAUAUGGUAAUUAGUGCUUCAGGGACUUUGGGAAUGUCAGGAAGUGAUCUUGCUGGUGAAGUACGACUUGAUGGCUUCACGUUGGAACUAAAGUGGAGUGAUGUAGGCAAUUUCCAUAUGUAUUUGAUCCAGACUGUGGUACGGGUUCUUUUGAAGGACGUCUUUAUACCAUAUGUCAACACCCGUCUUAGCAGAGGGUUCCCUUUGCCCGUUAUUCAUGGUUUUGCGUUGACCAACAGCGACAUAUCACUUGGCGAUUCAAAUGCUGUGAUUUGUACUGAUUUAGCAUCUGCUCCAAACAACUCGACGAGUGCUAAAAUUAUAUCAAGUUUGAUGAAGCAACGAGUCCUUUAAUUGAUGCAUGUACGGGAUCCUUUGUACAUAACUGUAUACAGUGGUAGUCGAGUACACAGUCAUUGUUUGCAUUAUGCCGUCUGUGCAUUUCUCAGUAUCUAUUGUUCAAAACUAGAGAUGAAUACGUGUGUAUGUUAAAUUGUACUCCCUCUCAGACUUUAUUUUCUCAUCA